AUGUCUCAACACAAGGAACCGUCAAAAAAACCUACCAGUUUUCCGAGCUUUCCCAAGUUGCCUCUGGAGAUGCAGGAUGAGAUUUGGAAGUUUGCUCUCGACAAUGACGUCCCGGCUGCUCAUAUCGUCAACAUUGUUCAUGAAAGAAUUGCCGGACAGCAGACAGCUGCGCCGAUUAUGCAGCGCCUGAUUGUAACAGGAUACAGUAGUCGUAUGAAGCCUGUAUCUCCUGCCCGCGAAGCCUUGGUGCAGACCUGUCAACGUUCGCGACUGAUCGUCGAGAAGAUCAUCAAGCAGCGGAAACAACAUUACCACCCAGCCGUACAGUCAUUCUCACACCCCCCUCCUCAUAAUCGUUACGUUAAUUGGCGCGUCAUUUAUCACGGUGGUUAUCACGACUUUCAUACAAAGACAGUAAUGAUACCAGCAACGCCACCACUUCAAAAGGUCUAUACUUCUCGUGACCUCAUUAUCAUUUCCAAUCCAUGGCUAGGAGGCAAUAUACUGUCCAUUGCGAACCGCCCUGACAUAGGCACAUCGGUCAAGUACGCUGCUAUCCCUUACUUGUCUAGUGAUGGAAGCUGGGAAAGGGUCAUGGCACGGGGUCGCAGAUAUUUCAUGGACCAGAUAUUCCACGUUCUCGACCACCUUCAAAUUCUAUACAUCCUCCUUCACCCGGACGAAAUCCGCAAAGGAGAGCGAUUUGAAGUCUUGCAUCUCCUACCGGCGAUGAAACAGCAUCUUGACCGAUAUAAAAGAAGUCGGGAGGAAACUUCACCCACCAGAUUCCAGUACCGUGACCGGGUCUAUCAUGAAAUCUCGGACGUGCUGCUAUUAAAGCUGAGCAAACUUGGUGGUUUGCCCUUGGCAGUUACCCACUUGGAACAGAUCGCAAAGGAACAACGAGCGAAGAAUGGUGGAGAUAAACCACCUCUGAUCAUCCGGUUCAUGACUUGGUAG